CCUGCCGAGCCCCCGGGGGCUCACCCACCUGCCCGCGGGAGGGACCGGCCCGCCGCCACCUGCCCACGCCCUUUGGAUGAGCUGGGCGAGCUGAGCUGAGCGAUGAGUCCAAUUCCAAAAUGCUUUGGCCCCAUAGAUGUAAACCCGUGGGUUCAAGUGGCUGUCCUCGCCAUGUAGUUGGCACCCAUGAAAUUGAGGGGACCUUUGGAAACGCGGGGUCUAGGGUGAGUGAUGAAACCUUUAGGAGCUUCUUUCCAUGUGAUAUCAUCCGGGCACAUUUUAAUCUGGACAAGGACUUUGAAAGAGAUUUUGCCAACUAUCCAGGACCAAUGCACCCAGUAGCUCAUGGAAGAAAAAAUCCAGCUCAAGGCAUCCCUGGCUUCCAGAUUACCGAAAUAUGGAACAAAAUCUGUAGGAGGUACCCUGCAGUCAAUGCCAAAUGGAACAGCCGUUAACUUAUCAGGGGAUUAUCGGAGCAGCGGUGGCAAAAAUUGCAUCAGACAGAAUGGCUCAGUUCAUAUGUCUUCCUACCCAUUUAACUGGCGAAAAUCAAAUAAAUAUCAACUCAGCGAUCAAAGUGCCGAAGAGCCCAACCCUGUCCAACAUCCUUAUGACAAAGUAAUUGAUGAAGAAAAGCACCUUCAGUCUCCAGGAGCAUUUGGUAAAGAUGGACAUAAGGUGUGUGUGAAGAGUACUACUUUAAUUGCUUCAAAGUUAACGAAACCAUCCAACAUGUUUGUGUCAUCUUCAGAGGAGCUUACCCAAAAGUCUCUGCCAGGACUCCCCAGUUCAGGAAAAUUCACCAAAGGUACGUUAUUAGGAAGGACUUCAUAUUCAGGACUCGCUGCUCCCAAAUCUCACCUAAAUGGAUUCUAUGGAAAUAGACCUACUAUAAGCUUGCAGAGGCCCAGAGCAAACUCUUAUGCUGCCAGGGGCAGUUCAGGAGAAAGUUUAGCUCAAUCCACAGACAAUGGUAAAUCUUUCCCAGGUGAAAAAAUGGUAAGGUCACAGAGUUUUUCACAUUCCAUCCCAAAUUCUUUACUGCCACCGGCAUCCAUAACCAGAUCACAUUCCUUUAAUAGAGCUGUGGAUCUUACAAGGCCUUAUCCAAACCAACAGCUGUCCAUCAGACCACCUCCAAGGCCUACUUUACUGUCAAGAAACUCAAGGCAAUCAGAGGUACUCAAUGGAAAUGAACAUUUGAGGUAUGGGUUUAAUAGACCCUUUGCUGCUUUACCAGGUUCUGGUUUAAAGAAACCCACCUUAACGAAUGCCUCGGGCGGAUCAUCGUCUCUGGGAUUUAGGAUGGGUCGACCUUCUCUACUGAAGCCCAACAGGUCUCAGUUUAUUGGGAAGAGCAUAGUGGAUGGUAAUAAAAAUUCAGCUGCUAACAUAUGCCCAGAGGAAGACUCUAAAAUUUUGACAGAUAACAGAACAACCGAGAAGGAAAAUGACUCAAUUGAAAAUGGCAGUCAAAGGAAGGAAGGGAGCCACAUCGUGGAUGAUGGUUUGGAGAAACAUGAGUCUAAGGUCAGAUACUUGAGUGACGAUGUGGAUGAAAUAUCCAUAUCAUCUUUGUCAUCUUCUGACAAGAAUGACAUGAGUGAGGACUUCAGUGAUGAUUUUAUAGAUAUAGAAGACCCAACCAAAACUCAGCUAACACCAGAAGAAGACUCUAUCAAAGAAGAAAAGGAUGGAAUCGCACCAGUGAAAUCAUGUGAUACAAACAAAGAAAAUGAAAAAACAGAUGAAUGGACAGAUAUAAGUAUGUCAGUGGAAGAUAGGAGUCAAAGCACCAAACACACUACCGGGAAUAACCUGAUUUCCCCAGAUACGGAUUACAGAGCCAGUUCUUCAUUUGAGCUUUCCCCAUCCGAUAGCUCCGAUGGCACGUACAUGUGGGAUGAAGAAGGUUUGGAGCCGAUUGGAAGUGUCCACCCUUGUGGAAGUUACGAGUCUUCAGAAAUGAACAGCAUAGACAUCCUCAAUAACCUUGACUCAUGUGACCUUGAGGACGAUGAUCUCAUGCUUGAUGUGGACCUACCUGAAGACACACCUCUUGACAAUGUGGAUUGUGACAAUAUGAAUCGCUUCGAUCGCUCGGACAGAAAUGGGCGGCAGCAACAGGAAGGAUUCUGGAAAAGGACUCCCCAGCGUUGGAGAGGGCAAGAACACUAUCACCUGGGCCACACGGAGCACUUUCAUCACGGAGAAACUGAUAACAGAUCACCCUACUUAGAAUCUCCUGUGGGACAUUUUGAAAACUAUGGCAAAACCAACCUUUACCAAGCUUCUCGCCCAGUGAUGGGUUUACCCGAGAAUACAGUGAUGCUCGAUGAAAUGACACUUCGGCAUAUGGUUCAGGACUGCACUGCUGUAAAAACCCAGUUACUCAAGUUGAAACGGUUGCUGCAUCAGAAUGAUGAAAAUGACUCAUUGCAAGAAAUGCAACUCUCCUUGCCACCAAGUCCAGAAGUAGAGGAUGUCGAUCCUGUGUAUAAGACUGAAGAUCUCCUAAAUGAGAUAAAGCAGCUUAAAGAAGAAGUGAAGAAAAAAGAUGAAACAAUUAAACAAUUAGAGCAUCAGCUUACUGUGGGGUGCAACUGCCAGAAAGAGAGCCCAAAAUCUAAAGGAGACAAAUGCAUAUUAUUGGACAAAUAUACCCAGACAUCCUGGAGAAGAAGUUCUCCUCAAGUACUACAGCCUUCCAGCAGCCUUCCCAGUUCCACAGGCCACGUCCGGGGAAAACUAACAAAGCCACCACUUAUCGAGGCCCACAGUGAAAGGCCAAGCCACAGCUCAUGUCAGGAUGCUGACCGUCCACACGAAAAGGUUACAGCUGCCUCUCAGAGGAAAGGUGAUUAUGGUCUCGAUGAACUGCCCCUGUUAUUUAAUACACAGCUAAACUUAGAGGAUGAAGCUGAGAAAGCACCUUCUGGAGAGAAGCAGGGGGUAACUGAGAGUGUUACGGAGUCCACUCAAGCAGGUAGUCAUAGAGCUAGAGACCUACAGUCUUCACUCCUGUCUGUUCAGACACUUACUCCAGCAAAUUCGAGAAAAGAAGGGCAGAUUAAUUUAGCAGUGAAAACUCCACCGUCACCCACGGAUCAUAAAUUGCAGGAAAAGACCUCGCAGCUUCUAAAGCCAUCAAUUCAGGAUGUUGCAUCAUCUCAGAAGAGUUCCCUCGCUUGCAAGGAGUCAGAGUCAACGUCAACAUGCAUUCCGCUUCAACGGACGCCUACUCAGACAAGCCUAAUGAGUAAGCCGAAUCUGAAAACCUCUAAGCUUCGCCCACCAACUGCCUCCUUGAUUAAACAUACGCCAACAGGCAAUCCUAAACUAUCAUCGUCUGCAGAAAGACAAAACAUCCAGCCCAAGACACAUAUCCCAAGACCUCUGGCCCAAAGAAAGGAAAACCUGCAAAAUCCGAGUAGCAAUUUACAUUCUGGGGAUAGCUUGAUGUCUAAUCGGUAUUCUCGUCUCCCUAAACCAAAGAUGCAUUAAGGCUCUAACUGCUCCAAGCUCAUUUCUUCGUAAAGAUUGUCAUGCUGUAAUUGCAUUCUGAAAAUGCAUCUGGUCUGAAGGCUUCUCGAAUAUUAAAACUUGCAGCUGUCAUUCGUUAGGCCAUUCCCUUCUUGGUUGAAUUCCGUCUUAUUGGAAAUAUUCAGCAUCUCUUGAGUGAAUGCUAAGGUUUAUGUGUCAGACUCCAGGGCCUACAGGAGCACCUGAUUUCAUGGCCCUUCUUCCCACAUAUCAAAAGGUGUAGCAAACUUUGAAGCUGGCAAAGUCCACCAAGCCCAUUAUCAGAAUGCGCCACUCGGCAUUCAAGAAGGUCGGCUUGCAGACGUGCUCCCUUUGCAGGUCUGAUUAAUCUUGACUAUCAAAAAAAAACACUAUGAUCCCACCAUUCACCCAGUCUUUGUAGUGUUACCGUUUAGGCUAGAACUGUUGCUUAUUACUCAGAGUCUUAGUCUAUAAGCAGAUAUAAUGGCAUCGGUCAUAAGUCUGACUCUGGAUUUCAGAGGGCUAUGCAAAAUCCUCAUAGUCAUCCAACUAACUCAAGCCUUCAGUAGAUAGUUUGUGAAGUCUGUGAUAUAUUUUUUUUUCCCUCAAGGAUCAAAAAGUUGUUUUGUUAUAUGAUUUAGUGCCCCUGUUCUCAGGUGCCAGGCAAUUCCACAGGGUAAAAUGAAUCUGUUUGCUUAUAAACACCUAUAUUAUCCAUGCAUUGCUGUAACAACUCCUUGGUAUUCCUUUGAGUUCAGCUGAUGUGACGGGGAAGUUUCUGAAACACAGAGCUGAAGGUGCAGCGCUUUGCAAAAUAGCUGGUGUUACUUUUGUCAGUGGUGACUCAUGGCCUGUUGGAUGAGGGCCCACCGUGAUGCCUGUGCUAGGGUUCCACAGCAUACAUUUUUUAAUUAUGUUUUUAACUUUAUUGUACUAUUUGUAUUUAUUGAAUUUCUGCUAAUAUCAGAAGACUCUGAAGUACCUGACUUGAAGUGUUUGCACAAAAUUUUGCUGUAUGUAUAGGGAUUUAAGACUAUUUUGCAUAAUAAAACUUGUGUUUAAAAAAUAUUUUGAGAAAAAUCACAGAUUUGCUUUGAGCAAACCCAUGAGAAGAGCUGGUACUCUUAAGAGCUUUCCCCCCACCCCCCGCCCCAAGGCUGUCUAGCUUUCUGUCCUUUGGAUGGAUGGAUGGAUGGAUGGAUGUGUGCAUACGUGUAUAUGCGUGUGUGUGUGUGUGACUAACUCCUUGAAAGGUGAAAAGUAACUGAGAAAGAGUUGUGCGAGGAAGAGCAAAUGUGAUGGUUAGGAAAAAGCCUUCUCUUAAAGGGAUUUUGGGAAAAAAAAUCUGUAGCAGGGGGAAGCUGUGGGACUAGGAAGUAAAAGCAUGCAUGGUACUGGACUUGUAUGCCCGCCAACAGUGAAGUGUUUGACAGAUUUACCCUCAUAUUUUUCACAUGCCUGCUCAGCAGUAUUGAAUCUGCAUCCCGGCCAACUACGAAACACAGCCAGAUUUAAAAUUGUUUUCCGUAAGAGAUGCCUCAGCUGAGGUUGUGGACAAAAAGAAAAUCCACAUUUUGGCAGUCUUGUUUUUAGCACCUAUUGAAUCCUAACGUAUUGAAAGUGUAUCAAGUCAAGAAAAUCAGUCGCACAGCUUCCGAGUGAUAGUUUUGAAAAGAAAAUGCUGGUGAAUGAGGCUAAUCUUUCCCCCUCCUAAGUGGCCAGUGUUGAAUUUAAUUUCAGAAAUGACAUCCGCUUCAUGAUGCUGAUCAAUUUUCCUUCCUGAACUGACCUUAGAGUGCACAUAUAGUUAAGUGUGAACUGUUUGUUCUGGGAUAUUCAGGGAACUGGUGAGAAAAUGGGACUAGAUGAUUUUUUUCAUUCUUGCCAUAAAAUUUUGUUGUGAUGCAUUAGUGUUACAGCAGAUUCUAUAGAUGGUAUCAUUUAUGGUAAGCGUAUAGUAAUGGACCCCAUCGACAAGACAUUUAACGUCAUUUAAAUGAUUUCCAUUGGAGACGGUCUGUUGGACUUGCAGUCCAGAAGCAGAGGGCCUUUUUUUUUCCUUCUUUUUAUGUGGAGAUGAAAUAAGGCAUGCCAAAAAACUGGCUUCAGCUUCUAGACUCUUUCCCAAAAGUUGAAAUCUGCUGACUGAUCAUUCAGCAGACUUCUGGUUAAUUUUCAGGUCUCUUUAGAUUUUUAUUGAGUAUUAUUUGAAAGAUAACCUUUUCUUUUAUUGGGGAAGAGCAAUUUUAUUUUUUUAUUUUGUUUUUUAUCCACUUGUCCAGGAAGAUGUGGAGUUUGAAUUGGUUGUGUUUUGUCUUGUUUUUCUCCCCGAUUCCUUUCUCAUAAUGUUAAUGUACACGAUUCACGGGUUCUGCACCUUAACUGAUUUUGAGUCUUUAAGGCCUAGGCCCAUUAGGUCGUCAUAGAAAUGGGGUAACCUAUAAAGAAAAAAAUAUUGAAACGUUCACACGAGGCAAAACAAGUUUUAGGCCUGUAGUUAUUUUAAUAGCUGCAAGAAGAAACAGAUUUUGACCUGAACAGGAAUGCCAGGUUUUCUUCAGUGUAAGUUUUGAAUCAGAAGAGGAGGCAGGGGAUUAGCAGAGCUUCUGGAUGUUAACAGCUCACUGAAUCAGGGAUUGACAGGAUCUUUAUUUGAGUCCCUCUGUUCGCAAGCCUCUCGCAAAGUGUUCCUCUGGAGCUCAGCUCAGCUCCUCAGUUGGCUUUUGUGUGGUUAAUGGAGAAGGCUGCAGGUAUGUACUUUAGAGUCCAGAGGAUGAAGUGAAAGUGAUCAGCUGAUGAGUGGGUGGAAGAGAUAAUGGAGUGAAAAUAAAGUUUCACGCUGAUGAGCAGGAAAAUAAAUGGUAGUGGAGAAGAAAUUUGGAAUUGGGUUAUGGGUGUUAAGUGGUUGCCCGAGAGCCUUAGCAGUACAGGUGCAGAUGAUUUUAAAGGCAUUAAUCAAAGGAUUAAGGAGUUGCAUCUUUUAGCUUGGUUCUCUAGGUUUCAGAAGACUAUUAAUGUUGAUUCCCAUUGAUGUUUUUCUUUUGGGGUCUCAUUCAUUUGUGCAAUAUUUUCAAGAGUAUGAGACUACUAACUGUUCAAUGUAUUUGUAUAGAAAUGAGAGCAAUUAUUAAUUAUUUUAGCAAGCGAAUAAUGGAACUUGAGGAAGAAAAAGAAAAACAAAUUUGCACUUUAAAUGAGCUUUAUUGCUUGGAGUUGUGCCUAAAAUAAUCUAAACGCCUCCCGUUGUGUGUGGCUUUUGUUUGAAACAAACUUCCUGUAAUUGUUGCUGUUUGAAGGUAGCUAUACAGCACUGCACAGAAUUACUAUAUCCCCCCUCCCCCCUCCCCCCUUCCUUGCAUGGCUAUUUUUUCCAUUAAAGCGCUAAGUUUUCUUGUAUUUAAUCCUCCUUCCCAUAAACCCUGCCCCCCUCACUAAUAAUGCAGCACAGAAAUGUAUCCCUUCCCUUGACUGCCAUGUAACGAUGCUUGUGUAGUAUAACGCGAGGUUGAUUCUGGGCUGUGUGCACAGUGUUGAUUCGUGGGUGCAACAGAACUGCGUUCAUCAUUUCACCCACUCCAAAACUGUAUCACUUCCCUUUUCACAUGCUAAAACCCGCUGGUGCCCGAAUUGCACCCAAACAGCUUAAAGUGAGUCUCAACAGUAAAUCUCAGUGUGUCCUCAUACUUAAGCACCGGCAUAGUGUUUAUGAUUGCUAAAGGACCCGGAUUCACUUAGGUCGUGAUAACAACAUGCAUGUAUCUGCCCUAGGCACCCAUUUUGAAUUUCUGUAGAAAAUGUAUAUGGAAAAUUAGGCAUAGGAUGAGGGGAGGCAAGGUGAGGACUACUUCAUGAUUUGCAAAACACACUAUUCCCGCCCCCACCCCUUUAUUCCGAUGCUUGAAGUCAGUGAUCUAAUUUGCCUCCAUAUUGCCUCUCUCGUCUCACUGUAGCUGCAGGCUCUGAAGCGCAGUGAGUCUUACUGUACGAUUGUAGUGGUAGACAUCAAUUUUAAAGUAAUCUACAACCAUGCUAUUAAUGAAAUGUACAAUUCACUUUGAUCACUGCUGUGGUAAAGCUGCUCACUGCCUCCUUAGCUUUCAAAAGUCCAGAAUAAAGACUGUAAAUGUUAACUCUAAUGUUAAGAUUUGAAGUCUUAAAUUCAGUACUAGAUACAAAACAAAAACACAACAUCUCCUUAAUACCUGCAGUGUUUGUUUUGCCCCUUUGGUUUUAUUUAACCAAUUCAGAGUAAAUACUGUAUAUUGGAACUUGCUUGUAAAAUGGAUUUAAUAAACUUGUAUGUAAAAAUAAAAUCUUUCCUGAAAGUGUUGCUCUAGUGAAUAAAAAUAAAGUUGAUAUUCUAAAAAUGA